AACUUGAAGUUUAUGCAGAACACAAAUGCAGCGUUCGGUUGUUUUAUUUAUAAAAUAAUUGACUAAAAUUAGACGUGGAUCACAUAAAUUGGAUAAUAUUCUAAAAGUUCAUAAUAAAAAGUGGAUUUGCUGUGUUUUUGAAGCACCUGAACUUCUAAAAAAUGGAGCAAGUAAUUCAACAGAUUGCACAAAAUGUGGAGAAGCAGCUGGAUUCUGAGCUGGAAAAGUUGGACACUCUUGACAGCAGUGACCUGGAGGCGAUCAGGCAGCAGCGCAUCAAUGAAAUGAAACUGAGAGCCAAGCAGAAGCAGGAGUGGCUCUCUAAUGGCCACGGCGAGUACACAGAGAUAGACGGCGAGAAGGAAUUCUUCACAGUGUGCAACAAGAGCGAGAACGUAGUGUGUCACUUCUACCGCAACGACUCGGAGCGGUGUCGCAUUGUGGACAUGCACCUCAAGGUGUUGGCCAAGAAACACGUCGAGUGUCGCUUUGUCAAGAUGGACGCGGAACGCGCGCCGUUCUUGACAGGUCGUCUGAAAAUCCGCGUGAUCCCCACCAUAGCGCUGGUGAAGGACAACAAGACGAAGGACUUUGUGGUCGGCUUCACUGAUCUCGGCAAUAGAGAUGAUUUCUCCACAGAGGUGCUGGAGUGGAGGAUCGCCAGAUCACAAGUGAUAGAAUACUCGGGGGACCUCUUAGUUCCUCCGACGGAAGGUAAGAAGAAGUCCCUUCACGUGCAAAGCAAGAGGACCAUCAGAAGCAGGAACGAUUCCGAUUCUAGCGAUGGACUUAGCGAUUGAUUAUUGUCUGUUAUAUAAUUUAAUAUAAUAAUAUCAGUUCAAUGCUAGAUGCACUAAUAAUUUAAUAAAGACUGUAUUUUGAUUAAUUUGAUUGCAUUUAGAAAACAUUUUUUUUUUUUUUUAUUGAAUUUAAGACUCGUAAAUAUUCUGUGAAGAACAUUGUGAACAAUUUCAGUGUAUUUUAAUUCUCAUCAUAACAAUUUUGAUCAUUAACUGUCAAUAAUUACACUACAUAGUUGGUUUUAUUGUUGACUAGCGGUCCGCCCCGGCUUCGCCCGUGGUACAUGUUUACGUUUUCUCACCAUAAGAACCGUCCUCGUACUUCUAAGAAUAUUAUUAAAAAUAACGAAAUCGGUUCAGCAAUCAGCCGUUCUCGAGUUUUUAGCUUACCAACACAUUUGAAGGUACAUUUUUAUAUAACAGAUGUAAAUUCAACUCGCCCUUAGCCCUAAUGUGAUCACGCAAUUAAUUCCUCAUAAAUAGACCACUUAGAUUUAAAUAAGCUUUUUAUAUGUUUUGUAUUCACAAAUUUGUUGUAUAAGUGAGUAUUUGUAUGUUUGUUGGUGCUUGUGUGAAUGAAAUUAUAUUUUAAUAAAUUAACAUUAAAAUUUUAAGUACC